AUUCGUAAGAAAGAACUGGAACAAAGUUGUUUUCUUCUGGGGAUUCCUGCUUCUGAUGUAAGAGUCAUAGAUCACAGUCCAGAUGGUGCUUUUGAAGAAAUGUGGUCUGUGUUCUUCCCCUAUUAUUGUCAGAGUGGCCAGAGACAACCCGAAGUGGGAUCUUCCGGAUAAUCCUGCUGUUGAAUGGGACACACAGCUCCUGGCCGCCUUUGUGCUAAAGCAUAUAGAAGCCAAUAACAUCAACCUGGUGGUAACCUUUGAUGCGGGAGGAGUGAGUGGUCAUGCUAACCACAUUUCUCUUUACACUGCUUUAAGGUACCUGCAUUCAGAGCAGAAGUUACCUGAAGGGUGCCACGUGCUCGUGCUUGAAUCAGUAAAUCUCUUCCGGAAGUACAUCUCCAUCCUGGAUGUCCCCAUUUCCUGCCUCCUGCCCAGAGAUGCUCUCUUCAUACUCACAGAGGAGGAGACUGCACAAGCCAGGAGAGCCAUGCGGUGUCAUCGCAGCCAGCUCCUCUGGUUUCGCCACAUCUACAUGCUUUUCUCACGUUAUAUGGUGAUCAAUUCACUCCGCCUUCUGUAAAAGAUGUCGCUUACAACCUGAGGAGUAAAAGACUGUGCAGGCCCAGGACUAAAGAAAACUCACCUGUUACGUGCUCAAGAAGACAGGAGUCUCUUUGUGUAACAUUCUUUCAGACUACAAAAAACAGACUGUGUGAACUUCCUUCUAAAUAUCUUGUUGCCUGAUACAGUGAGAUGAACAGGUUUUAACAGCUGCUCUAUCUUCUCACUGUAGAAGCUUAAAUAGAACAAGAAAUGUGGAUUAACCUAAUUAGGAGUCAAAUGCAGGAGUAUUCUGCAUUAGAGAAGAUAACGGCACAAACUGUUUUUCCCCAAGAGGAGGUAGCUGUGAGGACUGCUUGGCUAGUAUCUCUUGGUGCUUUUGUAAAAUCCAGAUAUCAGGAGUAACUUUUUAAAGAUCAUGCUUUCUCCACAGAUAGAACCAGAUCCACAAGACUUGUCUUAUUCAGUCAGAACUUUAAAAAAACAAAGGUUAUGAAUAAACCAUCAGAUAUCAUACAAA